AUGGACUCAAAAUUUAAGAAACAGGUUGGUGCUGGGAAAAAGCAUACAAAUCAGGUUCCAGAUCCUAUAAAUUCUUGCGUAGUUCAUACCGUGCAAAAUUUUUUGGAUGAAGCAGAAUCACGUGUUGUUAAACACAGAACAAGAGUUGAUAAAUAUAUUUCUCCAAGAGGAUACUAUGCCUACAAAUUACAGAUUAGGCCCAAAAACAUGCUCCUAAGAGGUGGACAAUGUUUUCAGCAGUUUGUUGUUGACAUAGCUAAUCUUUAUCAAGGUAUUCUUGAUAUUGUGUCAGGUGAAGAGACAGAUGCUUCGAAGGUUGGACAUCUUGUUGUUUUGUCUCCAUCGCUCAUUGGGUGUCCUAGAGAUCUUAAACGUCGAUAUCUAAAUGCAAUGGCAUUAGUUCAGAGGUAUGGAAAGCCGAAUUUGUUUAUUACCAUGACAUGCAAUGCAAAUUGGCCGAAAAUACAGUGUGAACUACAACCUGGAGAGAAAGCACAAGAUAGGUCAGAUAUAGUGGCUCGGAUAUUCCGUGCUAAAUUAUUGGCGUUAAAAAAAAAGAUUAAGAAAGAAAAACUCUUCGGUGAAGUGGCAGCAAUGAUCGAUGUUGUUGAGUUCCAAAAGAGAGGAUUACCACAUGCACAUUUUUUAAUAAUACUAAAACGUGACUUCAAAAUAAGAGGGCCAACAGAGUAUGAUAAAUUUGUUUGUGCUGAAAUCCCGUCAUUUGAUAAUCCUCAUCUUCGUAAAGUUUUCUUGACUCAUAUGAUGCACGGGCUUUGCGGCAAGCUGAAUCCAAAAUGUCCUUGCAUGAAAAUGGAUGGGAGAAAUUUAGUCUUUAAAAAUGGAUAUCCAAAAGACUAUAAUUCAGAAACAGCAAACAACAAAGAUGGAUAUCCUAUAUAUAGCAGAAGAUAA